GUCACGUCAGGAAGUCACUAUAAGUGCCUGUCAGAUAAUGAUGUGUGUCGUCAGUCAAUUUGACGCGCUCUGUGGGUGAGUGAAUGCAUUCCUUAUGUGUGCCAGUCAGUCAGAGGACGACAGACAGACAGACGUACACAUACAGACCCAUCAUGACAUCAAUCAACCGACUGGGCAACGACCGGCGAUCCAUGCCAUGCAGCAGCAGCAGCAGCGUCCAAGCCUGUCACCCACCCAUCCCAUCCCAUCCCACUCUCUCUCUCUCCCCUCAAAGUGACAAGCAAGUAAAAACACAGCCAGGCCACUGGCGGCCAGGCCAGGUCUGUACAGGUCGGUCGGUCAUUACAAUGAAGUCAGUGGUUGGUCCAUCCAUUAGCCCCGCCGCAGCACUCACUAGCACGCCACGCCCUCUCGCUGGUAUGUAUACCUACACACGACACGGAUGGCCAUAUGCGAUCGAUGCGCCCCAUCCCUCUAUUGCAAUCCGUGUGUGCCUCCCCCCCGAGGCGAACGCGACAGCCAAGCCACGUGACAGCGGGUUGUUCCGUUGUCACGUCUGUCGCACGCCGCCGCGGGAAGCAAGCAGUGACACGUUCUGCGCAGAACCCGUAGCCUUACACUUCACAAGACCGACCGCUCUUGUCCAUGUCCAUCUGUCUGCCUGUCUGUCUGUCUGUUUGGGUAUGUAUGCCGCCGGCUACCAUCCAUCCAUCCAUGUGGUGAGUGUGCUUGUGGGGGUUGGGCCAGGCGUCAUACCCGAGCCGCUCGAGGCCGCACCGCAGCCACUCGUGCAGCAUAGGCUGCCCACAGACACACACCAAAAGCACGCACACGAGUCACACACCCUCCCCCACUGCGGGCGUGCAGGCACGAAUGUUCGUCUUGCUCAUCCGUCUGUCUGCACACAGAUAUCCACCAGGUACCUGCACACACGACACACACACGGAAGUCCCUCCCUCCCUCCCUCCAGUCUCUGCUUCUCUGUCUGCCGUCUUACCAUCCGUACUCGAUUUCCUUGCUCCUCGUCAAUCGGUGACGGUGCGGCUCAGCCCCAAACUCUCCCUGUAGUCCUCCACCUUCAACCUCAUCUUCUCUUCGUACUCCUCGAUCUCCCUCUUGUUCUUCUUCUCGAGAUACCUAACCCUCGCUGAAACGGUCAGCCAGAUCGCGGUAGACGUGACGGCGACCCACACGACGAACACGCGAAAGUCAUCGAGGCCGAACCACUUAAACAGCGAGUCGACGGCGUCGAUGGCGGUAUCGGGAGGCGUUGGCGUGCGCCUAUCCUGGGACUCCCGCAUUUGCUGCAGCUGCUCCUCGAGUGCCUUGAUGCGUUCAUUGGCCGUCCGAGCGUCCUCUUGUGAGCGGCGAAAGUCGUCCAUGGCCUUCUGGAGCUCCUCGGUAGGCGGAGCCUUAUGGCUGGUGCUCACAUGACGGCGAAGGGACAGCACAGAGGUGGGCGGUGGCUCGAAGAUACGCCCUGGCCGGACGACACGGAGGAAGCGGAA